CUAGUCGCCGGGCUUACGGCGCCCCAGCGGCCUGGGAGGUGCGCUGCCCGGCUCCCGUAAAGUUAUUGUGAAUGGGGAGCGGGUGACGUCAGCGCCGAAUGUCAACAAUGUAGCGAUUGAGAGUGUGGGCGUUCCGGGGAGAGCGCAAGCCGCGCGGCGCGGAGCAAACAGCGCCGAACCGCCGCAGCCGCCUCAGCAGCAGCAGCAGCAGCAGCAGCAGCAGCAGCACCACAGCGGCUGUGCACGCCCGGGCUGCGGUCGCAGCCGCGCUAACGUGAGCGCCCGCCGCCGCCCUCGGCAGCCCGCCUGCCCACUCCGGUCGCCGCCUGGCUCUCUCUUUCUCCCCGGCCUCCCCCCCUCACUCCUUCCCCUCCCCCUCCCCGGCACACUCGGGGGGCUGGGAACGAGCUGCCAUGUGAUGCGCGUCCCCUCUGCGAGCUUUCGGUGACCCCCGAACCGCCCACCGCGCCGGCUGCCGGGAGGGGGCUGAGGGCUGGAAAGACGCGGGGAAGAGGAAGAGGUAAAGGACGCAAAGUUCUCUGGAGAGUAGAGCUUCCUGCUUUAGGAAGGGAGGACUCUAGGAACGAGGAGAAUCUUCAAGAGCUGCUUCUCAUUGUGACAUGUCUCAUCCAUCACUCCAGUCCCUGCAGCAUGUACAAGGUGGACGCUCACUGACCUGUCACGAAGUUGGCCUGCAAAGCUUUGGGGUCCAUGUCUGAAUGGAUUGCUGCAGCCUUCUUAUUUCUCCCUUUGCCAAGUUCCCUGUUUCCUAAGACUCGAAGCCAGCACAGGCCCUGGAAAAAUUACAUGUUUUCUGACCCAUCUAGUCCGUGCUGCUUCAGAAACCGUGCGUCGUCAAGAGAAGGUGUCAGCUCUGCAGGGCGUGUGUUAACUGCAAGAGGAUGACAGGACAUUUCCUCUAGUUUCUGGAUAAUGAGCAAGCACAAAGGGUGUGAACGGCAUGUCUGUGGAUGAGAAGCCUGACUCCCCCAUGUAUGUGUAUGAGUCCACAGUCCACUGCACCAACAUCCUCCUGGGCCUCAAUGACCAACGGAAAAAGGAUAUUCUCUGUGACGUGACUUUGAUCGUGGAGAGGAAGGAGUUCCGGGCCCACCGGGCUGUGCUGGCCGCAUGCAGUGAAUACUUCUGGCAGGCGCUAGUUGGACAGACGAAAAAUGACUUGGUGGUCAGCCUGCCUGAGGAGGUCACGGCCAGGGGCUUCGGGCCGCUGUUACAGUUUGCCUACACUGCCAAGCUGUUACUCAGCAGAGAAAACAUCCGCGAGGUCAUCCGCUGUGCCGAGUUCCUGCGCAUGCACAACCUGGAGGACUCCUGCUUCAGCUUCCUGCAGACCCAGCUCCUGAACAGUGAGGAUGGCCUGUUUGUGUGCCGGAAGGACUCUGCGUGCCCGCGCCCGCACGAGGACCGUGAGAACUCCGCGGGGGAGGAGGAGGAGGAGGAGGAGGACACGAUGGAUUCAGAGACAGCCAAGAUGGCUUGCCCCAGGGACCAGAUGCUUCCAGGCCCCAUCAGCUUUGAGGCCGCCGCCGUCCCAGUAGCAGAGAAGGAAGAAGUCUUGCUGCCCUUGUCCGAUGUGCCCACGGACCCCAAGGAGAGCUCUGAAAAGGAUGUGUUAACGCAGUACCCCAGAUACAAGAAGUACCAGCUUGCAUGUACCAAGAAUGUCUACAAUGCCUCGGCACACAGUACCUCAGGUUUCGCAAGCACAUUCGGUGAAGAUAACUCUGGCAACAGCCUCAAGCCGGGGCUUGCCAUGGGACAGAUUAAAAGUGAGCCGCCCAGUGAAGAGAACGAGGAAGAGAGCAUCACGCUCUGCCUGUCCGGAGAUGAGCCCGAUGUCAGGGGCAGAGGGGGGGACGUUGAAAUGGACCGGAAACAGCCCAGCCCCGCCCCCGCGCCCCCCACCCCUGCCGGGGCUGCCUGCCCGGAUAGAUCCAGGAGCGUGUCCUCUCCCUCCUGCUUACGGUCUCUGUUCAGUAUAACAAAAAGUGUGGAGUUGUCUGGCUUGCCCGGUACAUCUCAGCAGCACUUUGCUCGGAGUUCAGCAUGCCCUUUUGACAAGGGGAUCACUCAGGGUGACGUUAAAACUGACUACACCCCUUUCGCAGGGAAUUACGGACAGCCCCACGUGGGCCAGAAGGAUGCAUCCAACUUCACGAUGGGGUCGCCCCUCAAGGGGCCUGCGUUGGAGGCUCUCUGUAAACAGGAAGGAGAGCUGGACCGGAGAAGCGUGAUCUUCUCCUCGAGCGCCUGUGACCAGGUGAGCACUUCGGUGCAUCCGUAUUCGGGGGUGAGCGGCUUGGACAAAGACCUCUCCGAGCCGGUGCCGAAGGGGCUGUGGGUGGGAGCCGGCCAGGCCCUCCCCGGCUCGCAGGCCUACUCCCACGGUGGACUGAUGGCUGACCACUUGCCAGGAAGGAUGCGGCCCAACACCAGCUGCCCGGUGCCAAUCAAAGUCUGCCCCCGCUCGCCCCCCUUGGAGACCAGGACCAGGACUUCCAGCUCGUGCUCCUCCUACUCCUACGCCGAGGACGGCAGCGGGGGCUCACCCUGCAGCCUCCCCCUCUGUGAGUUCUCCUCCUCGCCCUGUUCCCAGGGAGCCAGAUUCCUUGCCACGGAACAUCAGGAGCCAGGCCUGAUGGGAGAUGGAAUGUACAACCAGGUCCGACCCCAAAUUAAAUGUGAGCAGUCUUACGGAACCAACUCCAGCGACGAGUCCGGAUCGUUCUCGGAAGCAGACAGUGAGUCGUGUCCUGUGCAGGACAGGGGCCAGGAGGUCAAACUUCCCUUUCCUGUGGAUCAAAUCACAGAUCUUCCAAGGAACGAUUUCCAGAUGAUGAUUAAGAUGCACAAGCUAACCUCAGAACAGCUGGAGUUUAUCCACGAUGUCCGGCGGCGCAGCAAGAACCGCAUUGCAGCCCAGCGCUGCCGCAAGAGGAAACUGGACUGUAUUCAGAAUUUAGAAUGUGAAAUCCGUAAACUGGUAUGUGAAAAAGAGAAACUGUUGUCAGAGAGGAAUCAACUGAAAGCAUGCAUGGGGGAACUAUUGGACAACUUCUCCUGCCUCUCCCAGGAAGUCUGUCGAGACAUCCAGAGCCCCGAGCAGAUCCAGGCCCUGCAUCGAUAUUGCCCUGUCCUCAGACCCAUGGAUCUCCCCACAGCCUCCAGUAUUAACCCUGCACCUUUGGGGGUUGAACAGAACCUUGCAGCCUCCCAAUGUGCGGUGGGUGAAAGUGUGCCCUGCUGCUUGGAGCAGGCCCCUCCCGGACCCCCCUGGCUGCCCAGCAACACCUCAGAGAACUGCACCUCCGGGAGGAGGCUGGAGGGUCCUGACCCAGGAGCCUUCUCAGAGAGAGGACCUCCUCUUGAACCCAGGAGCCAAACGGUGACCGUGGACUUCUGCCAGGAAAUGACAGAUAAAUGUACAACUGACGAACAGCCCAGGAAAGAUUACACCUAGUGACUCGGACCUGCCACCCCCAUUCUCACACCUCUCCCGCUGGGUAUUCUUCAGUCAGCCCGUGGCACUGUUCAUCUGUUGUCUGGAAGAACCAAGAACGAAUUUGGUGCACACUACAGCGGUCUUAGCAGCAAUACCGUUCCUAAAUACUCCCUCCUCUCUUCAAGCAGGAUGGUAUAUCGUUACCUUCGCAAUGGUGCUACCCCUUGCUCAGGCAAGGAAAGACAGCGGUGGCGACACUGUCUGUCUGUGGGUUAAUUUCAAUCUUAACAGGGAUAGACGAUAACACCUCUAGGACCCAACCACGGAUUUUUUUUCUCAGUGGCCCAUGUCACAAACCCUAUCUCAGGAAUUUCUUCUGAAUGUUCAAUUUUUUUCAUUGAAGACAGCUUCUAUACACAUCAAAGUUUUAUAGCUAGACUGUACAUAUUAUAUAUAAUAUAUAUAAUAUAUAUAUAUAUCUCCAUAUGCAAAAGUCCUGCAUGCCUCAAUUUUUUCAUGCUAAAACUGGAAACUUCAUUUCUCAUUUAUAAACAGGUUCCAACAUUCCUCUUUUGUCUUUGAUGCUAGAACUAGUUUGGUAACUGUUAACAUGGUCAUUUUUCUUGCUUCACAGUUCAAUUUGAAUUUAUUUAUGGACAAAAUGCAAUGUUGGAAGCUUUUUUUUUUUUUUUUUUUUUUGAGGGUCUUUUCGGAGCUUUUUUUGGGUUGGUUUGGUUUGGGAACUGCCAAAAAGUGUCAAUUUGAGCAUUGUGGGUUUUGUUCUUGUUUUCUUGCAGAUACUGUACAGUAAUGGUCAACUUUGCCACUUGCACUGAGUUUUGGGUCAAACCUAUUUUCUUAAAUGAAGUUGUAACUUCAGUAUAACUCAAGUAUACUGUAUAUUCUUUGUUUUUAGUUUAAAAAGUGAAACAUUUUAGCUAAUUAAAAAGCACUCAGGUGAUAAUUAUGUAGGAAAAACAAUCUUGCCAAAUAACAAAUCCAUCUUAGGAUGUUUAGACAUAACCUGCUUGAAUAUUUUUAUAUUUCACCUCCUCCCCACCUUUCCCUAAGCCAAGUUUAAAUGCAGACAGAGUUCAGUGUUGAUGCUACACGUUCAGAUUCCUAAGUGGGGAGAGAGUUUGGACGUCUCACUCGAAAGUGCAUCAAAACAGCAGGAAUCCAUUGUAUACCAGAACUCAGCAGGCAUUGGCUCCUAGAAAUCAAGUUAGUACUGGUUUCUCACCCAGGGAGUCAGUCCCGUUCAUUUCAGUACUUCGUCAGGCCACCCCUUGCUCUUGGAAGGGUUGUGCAGUAGGAUCUUCUCCUUUGAAGGACUUGGCUGAUCAGUCACCCAGCUUCCCUGCUCAGGAUCAGCCUCCCAGGAGAUCUCACUGAGGCCCUGCCUUUCAGUGGUGAUCCACAGGUCCAUGCAACUCACCCAGAGUAGGAGACAGCAGGGCAGAUGCGAUCCUGACAUCUGUCCCUGACACAGGCAAAAGCAUUUCUUUCUCCCUUCCUUCUCCAAAUGCUUUGAGGUGAACUCUGGGGUUCUUGCGCUGGUCUGUUGUCAGAAGGCAGAUUUCUUUCUGGGGCUUUCGACAAGAUACCACCAAAAGCCCUCCUUAUCCAUCCCACCCCCCCCCCCACACACACACAUACACACACACCCUACCCUCACCUGUUGAUCAUUUUCUUCUCUUGCUGCAAAACUGGUUGGCUUGCAACCCACAGAGAGCAGCUUCCCUUGGUGCUGGGGCGUGCCGGCCCAGCCCAUGUUUACAGGAAGGUAUGCCCGUGAUUCCACAGGGACAUAUGUUGGGGGGAUCAGCUCCUGCGUCCCCCCAGUGCUCCGUGUCUCGCAGAGCAGCCCGUGAGCCCCUCCAGCCUGGUUGGGCAAGAGUCCUGAACGGUUUGAUGUGGGGAUGGGGUGGUGGGUAGCGGGGAACAGAUGGUUGACUUCGUUUCUUUAUUUGUGCCAUUGUUUGGACAAUAUUAAAGCUGCAUGUAAAGAGGAAAUUAGUGUAUGAUGUAGGCGAAAAGUGAAAUCAUAGUAACAUAUGUUUUAGUAUUAUUAACUUUUUUCUGUACAAAAUAUUAGCACUAAAUGUUUAAAUAUGUAUGAAUGCCAGAAAUUUGUUGUUUCAUGCGGUAGGAUUUAAAAAAAAAAAAAAGGCUUUUCUCUUUAAAAUAGUUCCACUUUUAAAACCUGCCUCUGGGUUUUUGUUUUUUCUCACGUGUGUAUGUGUGUGUGUGUGCUGUCUGAGACAAAUUUUGGUAAACUCUGUCACAAGUUACCGUUUUUAUGACGGUUGUUGAAAUUUCUUGGCCUAGUAGAAACAGUUCUGUGCUUCAUCAUAAGGUUUGCCUUUGUGGAAAACUGGUGACAGCUAGGAUUUAAAACUCAAUGUGAAUCACAUGAUACUCAUAGGCGUGUGUUAUGGUGGAGAAGUCAGCGACAGUAUUUUUUUUUAACCAUCUUGUUGCCUUUUUUAAGUGACCUCUCCUUUUCUUUUAAAAAAGGAAUGUUUUCUGCUCAUAUUGUAACCAGGUCCAAACCACUUCUUGGCGUGAUAUACCCUGGUGACAACUCAUGUGCAACUGGUAGUCUUGACCACAUUCCGCCCAUAUCUUCUGGUUUCUCUUGUUUGAUACGCACCAACCUCGUGCUGCAGUGAUUUCCGAGUGGGGAGGGGCCUCUUUAUUUCUCUCUCCUCGGACCACACCCUCCUCCCACCAACCGCUGCCUCACUUUUCUUCCUCUUCCCCAGCCAAACCCCUGCCACGCAAACUGGUCAGAAACACUGCUCUACAAACUGGCUUUCGAGUUAUCCACCGUGAACAGUGACUGGCUUUGUGCAAUUGCUUAUAUGACAUGUCUGUUGUCUUUAACUGCUCUGAACCUUGUGCUUAUUUCUUGGUUGAUUCAAAGGGAGGACUAACUGGGGACCAGUAUCCAAAUUGCCCCAAGUGGAAUUUUAAAACCCAGCCCAUCUCCUUUCCCUGCAAUCCCUUUCUCAACUCCACGUCUUUUAUAAAAAAGGAAAAGCAAGUUAACAGCCAGGUGUUGGCAUAGGAUGGAGACACAGCCAUGGGCUUCUUCUAGGCCUGUGACAGCCUAGUUGGGUCUCCAAACAACUGGGAUAUGAAUGGGUUGUUGGGGUGGGGACAGUGGAGGUGGCUCCAUGAUAGUUAACAUCCCAUCUGAAUUUAGUCCUCCCCUUGGAUCUGCCUUUGUUCUACCUGUGUUUCCAGACAACCUCACUUCAUUCAGGUAGUGUCAGGCUUUGGGCAGGUGAGUGCUUUGCUAUAUGUGUUUGUUUCUCUGCGUUAUCUGGGGUGCCUUGAAUAAAAUCAAACUUCAUAGCAUACUGAUUCUGGAACAAAACGUUUGGAAAAAGAAAAAGAAGGCAAAAAAAAAAAAAAAAAAAAGCCAACAAAGCUACUUAGGCCAUCCUACUACUUCUCUUCUGGGUUCCUAACAAACAAUGACUCAGGCGUCAGAGUUGAUGCUGCAGUGUGAAACGUUAUUUUGUGUGUUGUAUCAGUAAUUUAUUACUAUCUUUAAAGGUAUGCUGCUUUUAAGAUGGACUGUAAUUUUGGAUGUAAUCCUUGUGUGGCUUUUCCAAGGAAGUAAAAAAAAAAAAAAAAAAAAAAAAAA